AUUUCUCCAGUGUGUCUGACCGCGCAAGGGUUUCUGCUGCGGCGCUCCCGGUCCGAGGCUUGAAUGCGGUUGAUGCUGCUCUGCUGCACCUGGAAGGACGAACGCAUGGGAGAGGAGGAAGCCGGCGGCAGGUUGCCGGAGUGUGCGGGCUGCAGACAGCGCAUCUGUGAUGAGCAGUACCUACAGGCCCUGGACACGGACUGGCACACGCUGUGCUUCAGGUGCUGUGAGUGCGGCGCGUCUCUCUCACACUGGUACUAUGAGAAGGACGGACGUCUCUUCUGUAAGAAGGACUACUGGGCUAAAUUUGGAGAGCUGUGUCAUGGCUGUUCAGAGCCCAUCACCACCGGACUCAUCAUGGUCGCCGGAGAACAGAAGUAUCACCCAGAAUGCUUCACCUGUCUGAGCUGCCGAGGGUUCAUCGGUGAUGGAGACACGUAUGCUCUGGUGGAGCGAUCCAAACUCUACUGUGGACACUGUUAUUAUCAGACGAUCGUGACUCCCGUCACUCUACCCGACUCGCCGUGCUCCAGGAUUCCUCACACGGUCACGCUAGUGUCUAUUCCCGCCUCCACCGAUGGGAAACGAGGCUUAUCCGUGUCCAUCGAUCAGGGCUCCAGUCCCAACGGCUUCAGCCCCGAACACACACACACCAUCAGAGUCUCCGAGGUGGACCCAGAGUGCAUCAGUCCAGACGUCAAGAGCUCCAUUCAUGUUGGCGACCGGAUCCUGGAGAUCAAUGGAACCCCAAUCCAGAACGUUCCUCUGGACGAGAUCGAUCUGCUGAUCCAGGAGACCAGUCGUCUGCUGCAGCUGACCAUUGAACAUGACCCUCAUGACCACAGCCCCUCGGUGGACCAGGUGGAUGGGCCGACACCCCCGUCUGAGGGGCCCAGUCCCAUCACGCCCAUCACACGGCCCCCCAGCCAGGACAUUAACACCCUGCGCUCGCGGAUCAUCACGCGCAGCUACAGUAUCGAUAAAUCUCCGUGCUCCAGUAACACGCCGUCUCCACUGUCUCUGAGGAAAGACAUCGGCCGCUCCGAGUCGCUGCGUGUCGUGUCCAGCCGCACACACCGAAUAUUCAGAGCCUCCGACCUGAUCCACGGAGAGGUUCUGGGUACAGGCUGCUUCGGACAGGCCAUAAAGGUGACUCACAGAGAGACGGGAGAGGUGAUGGUGAUGAAGGAACUCAUUCGAUUCGAUGAGGAAACACAGAGGACCUUCCUGAAAGAGGUGAAGGUCAUGAGAUGUUUGGAUCAUCCGAACGUGCUGAAGUUCAUCGGCGUCCUCUACAAAGACAAACGGCUCAACUUCAUCGCUGAGUACAUCAGAGGAGGAACGCUGAGAGACAUCAUCAAGAAUAUGGACAGUGAUUAUCCAUGGAAACAGAGAGUGAGUUUUGCCAAGGACAUUUCCUCUGGGAUGACGUACCUGCACUCCAUGAACAUCAUCCAUCGAGAUCUCAACUCACACAACUGCCUGGUCAGAGAGAAUAACAGUGUUGUUGUGGCGGAUUUCGGACUGUCUCGACUCAUGGUGGAGGACAAGAAUCAGGACAAGCUGACGUCAGGACAGAUCCCGGGCGCGAGGAAACCCGACAGGAGGAAGAGAUACACCGUGGUGGGAAACCCGUACUGGAUGGCUCCCGAAAUGAUUCACGGGAAGAGCUACGAUGAGAAGGUGGACAUCUUCUCGUUCGGCAUCAUGCUGUGUGAGAUUAUAGGCCGAGUCAACGCCGAUCCCGACUUCUUGCCCCGUGCCAUGGAUUUCGGGCUGAACGUGAAAGAGUUUUUGGAGGAUCACUGCCCGCCUGACUGCCCGACCGCUUUCUUCCCCAUGGCGGCGCUCUGCUGCGAUCUGGACGCUGACAAACGGCCUGCGUUUGCUAAGCUGGAGUCGUGGCUGGAGAACCUGAAGAUGCACAUGGAGAUGGGGCUUCAUCUGGUGUCCGAGCUGGAAGUCAUUCAUCAAGCCUUCUGGCAGAAACACUCAAGCGGCAAGAACGGGCUUCACACGCACCCAGAGCAGCCUGAGUGAGAGCCGAUCGCUGCAGAUCCACCACAGGACAUCUGCGGCUGAACACACCAUGCUUCUGCAAAUCCAAGCAACCCACGCUGCCUCCUCACAACAUAACACAUCUGGAAAGAUGUUUGAGCUCGAGUCUGACGCACAGCAUCAGCUCACACACUCAUGCAUGUCUGGUGUGGCUUACAGUGUGGUGUUCUUCAUACGGUCCUGAUGGUGCGUUCACGUCUCGUCCACACGACCUCUGUGAUGAAGCUCUGACUGUGCUGCUCCGGUUGAUCUGGUGAUGAGAUAUGAACGCACCAGAACACACGAGACACAUCGCACAUCAUCAGUGUCCUCGUGUUCCUUAGGUACGCCAAGCAUCAGUGUCUCAGCACUAAUAGUCCGCAGUGUAAACAGAGUUACAGUACACAUUGUAAAUGUUUGACAUAUUGUAUAUGUGCAGGCAUUGUUUUGUAUAGUGAUUGCGCAUUGGCGUACUUUCAUCUGGAUGUUUGCUGAAAUGCAAGUCCAGUCCUCACGAGAAGAUAAGGAACAUGAUGAACUCUAGAGAGGCUUCCCGUCCGAGUCCAACACGUAAAGCAUCAUGCACGUCAACUUAACUUAAUGCUAUCUUCUUACACCCAAAUCCAAAAUAUAUGUAUAUAUGUGUGUUUUGCAGAAAACAAUGAAGCCUAUUUUUUUUAAUAAUGAUUUAUUAUUUAAAUUGUAAAGUAAAUAUGCAUCACGUUAGUAUUUGUUGUAAUGAAUGUAUUUUAUGGUGAUUUAAAAGAAAAUCAAAGAUCUUCACAGGCUUCAUGUUCUUGUGCAAAAUCGAGUUUCUAAUCUCUUUCUUUAGAUUCCGGGGUGAAUGAUGUUGUGGACUUGUCUUUAACUCGUGCUUCAAACGGUGAUGAGUGGACAGGAUUUCCUGUCUUGUGUGGUGAUCUCGGUACUGUUGCACAUGCUGAUGUCUGAUCUGCAGGAGUUCGUUCCCAGCCUGUGUUUGAAAGGCUUAGCCUGAUUUAGACCCUCAUGUGGGACGGUGUGUGUGUGUGUGUGUGUGUGUGUGUGUGUGUGUGACUCCCCAUGGGAGCCUCAGCUUUACACAACACUGCUGGUGUAAAUAUCUGACAGAACCGCUUCUCUUGAUGUUUCUCGUGCCGUUGCACUGCAUGUGUCACUGUCACGUCCUCCACUACUGAUCCAGCUGUUCUCGUAAAGAUCAACAGAUGUUAUUGUGAAAACACGAAAGAGGGUCACCAGGAAAGCACGUGUACAGAUGGAAAAAAAGUAAAAACACAGCCUCUUCUCUCUUUUUGAAUAGAACCACUAUUUUCUCUUUUAUAAAAUGUUGAAAGGAUUUGAUUUGCACUAUGUGUGAAAGCGGCUGCCGCUCGAGCCUUUGGUUUCUUUGGGUUAUUUGAGCCGUUUAGUUAUUGUAUGAAUGCACGUCACUGACGGAGCCUUUGGUGAGGUUUGUCCGCUGACGCCGCGGCUCCUGAGCAGCAGAUGUGUCACGGACAGAAAAAACAUGAGGUCUGAUCCCAGUGCUGUUAUACAGUUAGCAUCACCUGCAGUUAAAUGACUGUUCACACUAUCAGUACCAGUUUGACAGUUUCUAAAUAGAUAUUUGGCUGUUGUUUGAUAUGAAUCCGUAUGCUGCACAGUCUAGCUGAUGUCAACCAGACAGAAAAGCUGUUACUGUGUUUUCAUACAGACAAACAUUGUUGUCAAGUCCGGUUAAGCUUGGUUUAUGAAGACAAUAAAUAGGCUUAAUUUUCAUUUCAUGUUGACUUGAAGCCCUGUUGAUCAUAUCAGAUAUCAAUAAUAUCAUUAUUUCCAUUAACAUAAAGCCAUAUUACUAUGAAAGCCAUUUUAGAGAACUGAUUAUGAGUCCAUAGUUCCUGUAACCAAAAACUACCAGAAAUGUCCUGUGAAGCAGUGCUGUAUAAAGCAGCUGUCAUUCCUUUGCUGGCCUACACACACACACACACACACACACACACACACACACACACACACACACACACACACACACACACUCACACACACACACACUCACACACACACAGCACUUAAACAUUGUAGUCUAGCUCGAGAUGCUCAUGGAAGUCAAACUCAGGGUCCUGCUGCUGUUGAAGAAGGUCACGUCAUGUCAUCGUUCAUAUCUGUCAAACUCAUACACAUCAGUGAGAAAGUGCUGAGGAAGCCAGAGCUUGAUCUGGUGACAGAAUGCUGCACCUUUUUCUUCUGGAAGCAAUGGUUUUACCUCCACAUUGCUGUGCCUUUGUUUUACGCUAGCCUUGCCAACGAGUUUGUGUGGCCAUCGCUUACCUGUUUCACUGAGGUUUCCUUUUGUUCUCUAGAUAUUAUAUUCUCCACGUUUCCAUUGUUCAGUUUGAUAUUUUAGGUUUGCUGUUUUUACUGAAGCUGUGAAAUGACUGCACUUUAAAUGCACUGUCCGUGAAUGGAGGCGACUGUAAUUCAGGACAGAAUAAAGUGGU